AUGGCGGCGCACCCAAUCCACACUUUACUCCCCUUUACGUCGCCUUGGGUUAUUGAAACAUUGUUCUCUUCAUUCACACCUCAUUUGUACCCUGAAAUCAUUGCAGAAUACUGGUUUCAUUGUAAUAUCCUCCCCACCAUGCAAACACCAAGUGAUGGAUUGAGCGCCGACCAAUUACCGACGUCGGAGCAAGUCUGCAUUUCAUGCAGGAUACGGAAGAAGAAAUGCGAUAGAUUACUUCCACAAUGUUCGGGAUGCUCGAGGAGAGAUAUAAUAUGCGAAUACUCGACGCCAGAGCAGACCCAUAAUUUUAUAUCUACAUCUACCUUAACCUCUACGCAACUAUGGCAUAAUAUUCAGAUACCAGUAAAUUAUGACCAUGUUGAUACUCAAUCGAUCAAUUUCUCCGCGAUGAUGUUUCUAGAUCCAUAUGUCUUACAGCAAGGGCAGAUUGACAUACCUCAGCCUGGUAAUUCUAUCCCAGCACAUAUUCUUCAUCUGCUAGGAGACAUCGAUUCUAUCCACUCUUAUGCUACCGAGUUCUUCUCUCACGAUCACACAUUGAUGUCUUUUAUUUCCAAGCCCCGUUUCUACAGCUACCAUCUAAAUUCUCAAUCCUGCAUCCCUAACCGUCCAGAAACCAUUCUCCUUCUCCUCUCUCUUAAACUAAUCACCACAUUACCUCCCACAAAUCCACGGAAUCCCCAAACUGCAUUGUACCAAGCCAUAAAGCAUUAUUGCCUUGAAGUAGAAACCUCAAAUGUUCCUUCUCUUCCCAUUCUCCAAGCGGAAAUCCUGAUCGCUUUGUAUGAGAUGGGUCAUGGCAUUUAUCCUGCUGCGUAUCUUACCAUUGGUGCAUGUGCAAGGUAUGCGUAUGCUCUGGGGAUAAACUGUAAUAAGCGUCUAAAUGUAAGGAGGGUUCUUACAAUGGUGGAGAUGGAGGAGAGAAGAAGAGUUUGGUGGGCGAUUGUAAUUCUGGAUCGUUUCGUUAGCAUAGGAUCCCCGGGGAGACCCUUUGCAACCUCAGAUCCAAACAUAGACGAUACAUUACCAUGCGACGACGAAGCGUGGAAUCAAGGUAUCAUCAAUUCCUCCAGCUACUCUACUUUAUCCUCGCCAACCACAGGCCACAUGAGUAAAUUUGCUCUGCUAUGCCAAGCUGCUAGAUUAUUGGGUCAAGUGCUCAACCAUGUUUCUGGUGAUUCAUCUCAUGACAUUGAGUUAUGGAUACAAUUAGAUCGGACGGUAUACUCUAUGCUUGAGGCUUCGGUGAAUGUGGAAAAUCCGGAUUGCGAUCGCAUUGCAUUUAUCUACAGCACCCUUCUAGCCCUACACACAUCAUCUCUCUCUCCGCAUCCAUCAAACCCUCCAUCCCCUCUAGAUCAGCACCGCACUGAACGUAAAGCCCAACUCCUCCAACGCAUAACCCAAAGAAUCAUAGCAAACAUGUCCACUCCCCGUUCUCUCCUAGGUCGCGAUCCCAACAGCAUAUCCCCAUGGGCAUUGUUUUUCGGUUACCAUAUGUGUGUUGAGCAAAUAAGAUCUAAAGAUCCAUCUUCCCACGAUAUUGUGGUUCUCGUGAGGAAAGGAUUUGAGGAGGCGGAUGUGAGAUGGAAUGUUGCUGGUGUUUAUCUUCGGUUACUUGAGGCGCAUGAGGUGAUGGAUGGAUAUUGAGAUACAUUAGGGGUGCAGAUAGAGAAUUUGGAAUAGAGAAUCUCUAAUUGAGGAUUCUGUGAAUCAUGAGGAUAAUG